AUGAGGAAGAUAAAGCGAUAUUUCACUAAAGCAUUGCAUCGAAUUCAGAAGGGACCGGGGUAUACGUACAAAGAGUUGCUUGUCUGGUUCUGUAACAAUACAAACACCCAUGGUCCCAAACGCAUCAUCACAGAAGGACCGAAGAAGAGGGUAUUGUGGUUCAUGCUGACUCUGGUCUUUGCAAGUCUUGUUUUCUGGCAGUGGGGGAUUUUAAUCCAAACCUAUCUCUCCUAUGGCUUGAGUGUCUCCCUUUCUAUAGGAUUCAAAGCCAUGGAAUUCCCAGCAGUGACCGUCUGCAAUGCCAAUCCAUACAAGUGAGUGCCACAGGAUUUGAGACAGUGUAACAUUUUAAUGUAUGCAACAGUUUCAAAAGCUGACCAUUAUAUAAACAUGGCUCGUAUAAAUAUAUAUAAAAACAAAGAAAGUGAGCCUAUCAUAAAAUGGUGGGGUGUAUGGCUGUUGGCAAGCCAGGUAAAUAAAUUGUUUUACUGAGCUAGAAUGAGUGAGUUAACUAAUGCCACCAGACCAGCUGAAACACACGUACCUAAUGUUACAUAGUUACACGUAGUUUCACAGGCUAAAAAGAGACAUCUGUCCAUCAAGUUCAGCGUUCCUCACAUCUGUUUUUGCUGUUGAUCCAAAAGAAGGCAAAAAAAAAACAGUUUUGGAAAAAACGCUUUCGAAUUUUGCAACAAAUUAGGAAAAAAUUCCAUCAGUCAGAUUUAUCCUUGGAUCUAGAAGCUAAUACCACCACAAAUUUAAUUUAUAUACCUGAAUUUUAUGUUUUUGCAAGAAUUCAUCCAGUUAUUGUUUAAACAUCUGUACAGACACUGAUAAAGCCACCUCUUCAGGCAGAGAAUUACACAUCCUUAUAGUUAAGGUAAAAAGCCCUUUACUUUGCCUUAGACUAAAUCUCCUUUCUUCCAGUCUAAGCGCGUAACCUCAUGUCCUAUGCAUAGUCCUAUUUAUGAAUAGAUUUCCAGACAAUGGUUUGUAUUGGUCCUGAAUAUAUUUGUAGAAUGCUAUCAUAUCCCCUCAGAGGCACCGUUUUUCUAAACUAAAGAGGUUUAAUGUUAAUGUCAUUAACUUCACUCACACAGGCCUGUGAUGGACUGCCAGCCAGGAUGGCACAUAGAUGCUCCAACUAGCUUCUGGCAGUACAGACAUUACAAAGAUUAUGGGAAAACUGCAUCAGUAACUAUUUUGAAAAUUACCUUUAUUGAGUGAUUAGUUUUUGGACUGUCACGAGUUGUGAUGAUAUUAUUCAUGUUCCAGUUGAAUUUCUUUUAGAGAGGACACACAUAGAUGAUAAAUGUGGGAGAAACUGAUGUUUUUGUUUGCAGUCUAUAUUUAAAGAAAAUUGAAUAUCCUUAAAAGGAAUGUUCGUGAAUUUAAGAGUAGCUAAAACAUGGACCCUUACGGUCCAAAGGAUAAAAGUACCAUGACGCAACAGAGACUGGAAGAAGUGGAGGGUCAAUUCUUGUGGCAACAGCCUGUAGAAUGUCAGGAAGAAGACAUAUUGGAGACAUUGUGUCUGCAGAAUAGGGAACUUUUUGAGUGCAAUCAACCCCUGUCCCUAAUGUAGGCCUUUGAGCAGGGCCCUCAACCCCUCUGUUCCUGUGUGUCCAACUUGUCUGGUUACAACUACAUGUCUGUUCGUCCACCCAUUGUAAAGCACUGCGGAAUUUGAUGGCGCUAUAUAAAUACCAUAAUAAUAAUAAUAAUAAUAAUAAUAAUAAUAAUAAUAAAUGGCCAAACAAACAUGUUGAACAUAACUAUGCAUUAUCCAAAUUUGUGGAUUAUAUGUCAAUUUCUGUUCAUGUUGCAUGUUUUUAGCUUCUAAGAUAUUACAUUUUUUUAGCAAUAUCACAAAAAAAUGAUAAUUUCACCACUUUCUCUCCCUGUUGCUUGAAGGUAUUCAAAGGUGAAACAUCUUCUGAAGGAUUUGGAUGAACUAGUUGAAACCGCCUUGGAUCGAAUCCAGUUAUUGAGUCCCAGUAACUCCAACACAUUGCUUCCAAAUAGUACCAGUAACAUGACCUUAAACAGCAGUAUGUGGAUCAACAUACCUUUAGUGCUCAUUGAUGAAAACGAUUCAAACAACCCCAUUAUCUAUAAUAUUUUCAACUCAAGUACCGAUUAUUCGACCACAAAUGUUAACAGUAACCAAACGUCCUAUGCUCAAAGAUACAAAAUAGCAAUAGAGUUGGUAAGCCUAUAAUUCAAAACUCAUUUAAUGUGUGUGAGUUCUUUCAAAUGUUAUAGUCAUUUAUACCUGUUAGCAAAAAGCCAUUUACUUCUAGGAGGUGGCACUGGAUGACCACUGUAGGCACACAUUUUGCCAGACUUGACCAACAAAUAGGUUUAUAUAUUUGUAUUUACUAUUUUCUUAUUAAUAAUUGUAAUAAUAAAUCACCCUGUCACAUUAAAAUUGUUUAUUAUAAACAUAAUUGAUGCCACAAGGCCAGAUGAUACAUGGGGCCUCUGUAAAUUUCACGGUACAUCCAUCCGUGCCGCAUCCAGUUCUCUCCAUUUUCCAGUACUUCCUCUAUGCUCUCCAAACCUAGCUUCCCACCUGAAAUGUUGAUAACUGCAGUGACAAAACAAAGUAGUGAGGGCCCUAUGCACACAAUAUUUGGGAGCCCAGCACUACUGAUUAAUAAAAACUCCUACCAUAAUCUCCUACUUACCUGAUUUCUAGGGGCUUUAUCAGGGGAAAGGGAAACUGUAAGCUGGGGUGUACGACUCUUUUAAAGCAAGACACAGGUUUCAUCACCUCAGGAUUGGUGCGAAUCUCUCCAGUUAUGUCACCUUUAGUAGCCCAGGAUGGAGAACUCUCCAUCAGUGUCACCUUUUGUAGCCUUGGGACACUUUCCAACUUAAGGACAGGUGGGUGUGAUGCACCUUCCACAGUGGGCUCUGUUGUCAAAUUAGUUGCUUGGCUGUUAUACAUAAUUAUAUCAUAUUACAAGAUUGCUUUAAAGCAAAGUACGGCUUAUGUAGGCUAGUCAGAUCAACUGCAUAGCUCUGUUAUAUUUAACAUACUCCAUUGAACGUGUAGCUGGAAUUCUUACAAAUUUACUUCAUCGUUAAAUCACAUCCAAGAUGUGUUUACUAAAUAGUGUGUUGGCUACUGUGUUGCAGAAUGAGCUCUUCUGAUUUUUACUUUCUCACGCUACUUGGCCAAGCUGUGCUUGUGAUCUGACCAGUAGACACGUGUGGCGAGUUGGCCAGACUCAUCAGGACAAAUAUGUCCUUGUAAAAAGCCAGUUUGUUUCUUUUAAAGGAAGUCAAUAAAAACAAGAGUUAAUCAUAAUUCUUCUAGAUUCCAGUUAUCUCCUCAGCAAUCUGCAACGGGUUCUAGCCAGACCUCAUGUUUACAAGGUGUUACUGUGUGACAGGGUAAAAACAGGUAAAAACAGAUAAAUGUAAAAACAAGGUGAAAUAUCGAACACAAAGCAUUUUUUGAUGACGUAUUUGUAUAGAGUAAAGUAUGCUCUAUGAGGCUGAAUAUGAAAUAUGGAAAGUGUUGAUGAAAUAUGGGAUGAGGCUGUAAUAUGCAAAAUGCAGGAUAAAUUUGCCACAUGACAGUUCACUUAUGUCAAGUGAGCUUUUAAUUAUAGAAAACAAGGGAUAAAAUAAGGCACAGUGUGAUUUAUAAACACAUUUAUGAGAAAUUACAUUUUUAAUCUAUUACCUUGUUAUAGGAUACCAUCUCAGUGGCCUACUUUUCCCACUCUCUCUUUCUGACAGCCGUCUUUAGGCAGAUUGUUAGUGAUCUGAGCACAAUGACUUUUGGCUACAGAGGAUGCAUUUUGCCGCCUCUCUUCUCCCAAUAGAAAAUGUAUUUUCACCUCUGUUUCUCUUAACCACCUUUUUUAAUUUCUUGCCCCCCUUUUGUGUUUCCUAUCCCCAAUUUUGAUUGUCCUACCCACUUUUGUGUAUCUUACCCCAAUUUUCCCCCUUUGGGUGUAAUACACCCCAUAGUGUGUCUUUUACAACUCCACAUUGUGAGUCUCUUACAACCCGCCACCCCCAUGUGUGUCUCUUACUUCAUCCCAGCCUCUCUCCCCCCAGGCCCUUGGAGUGUCUCUCCCCCAGCUCUUUUUGUGGAUGGUUCUCCCCAAGCCUUUUCUGUGUGUGUCUUAGUACCGGCCCUUUUGUUUGUCUCUUUACUUUCCCAUAGCCCCUAUGUGUGUCUCAUCCCCCCACAGCCCUUAUGUGUGUCUUUUCUAACCCCCCCAUCCCCUUGUGGUCUCUUCCACUCUCACCCAUUGCUGUGUGGUCUCUUCCACUCCUCUCUGCCUUUGUGGUCUCUUCCUCACUCUCUUGCAGGCUGACCUUCCUCCAUGUAGCAUGGCCAAUAGGACCACGGUAGAGGAUCUGCUGUAUCCUAUAUCCUAACUGACAGGAAGCUAUUUCUCGCUCCCAGUGAACACUUCCUGUCACAAAUGGUAGCGGACAAAGAUUCUCUAUCGCAGUGCAUUUAGCUACGUAACAUUAAGAGACUUGCAGGAGGGGGAGUGCUGUGCAAAUCACAUGGUGAAUGCGCCGCCCGGCCGGUGUGCCUUAGGCAGCCAUCUGCGCCACCUUAUGGUUGUACCAGCCCUGUCCGAGUAUUUACUCACUAUCUUACAAUCAUCUGUUGCUUUACAAAAUCACGUUCUUUCUGCCUGCUGCAUUUUCUGUCAGGGAAUUUUGAAAAGCAAUGGAGAGUUGCAAAAUAGUGAGCAUUGGGUCUGAUAACGUAACGGGGGACUGGGAAAAGAAGCAACUUAAACAUUUCAACAUACAUGUAUCCAAGGAGAUUUUGAGGUCAUCAUUGCUAGUUUUGUUAUUGAAUAGACUGUAAGAUAUAUCUUUAAUACUAAAGUAAUAAUUAUUUUUUCACUAAAUCCAUAGCCAGAUUUGGGCAGAUGAACGCAACUCUCCUGGCAUUUCUAAAAAUCGCAUUUUUCUGUAACUUGAAUACAGUUAACAUUGAUGGAAGCCUUCAAGUUUGUCUUGAAAGCUCUGUUAUUUACAACCAGGCUGCUUAGUCCUGAGUAGGUCCGAUCAAGGCAAGAACCUGUUGAAUACAAGAAAAAUCUAGUGUCUAAACUAUAUUCUUCUCGAUUUACCUGUCUAUAGCCUUCGUUGCUGUAGUAAAUUCUGCCCAUUGCUAAAUGGUACCACUAUGUCCCAUUUCAGGAAGAAGCAGAAUGCUAUUCUAAUGCUGGGUUUGCCAAACAUUGACUUCUGUAGUAUGCUUUAGUCAGUCCUGUGAAUCAGCCUCUACUUACAAUGGAAAUGGACAUGCAAACACCAGGUUCAUGGUAUGUUUUCACCCCCUGCGGUGAUAUAGGGAACUACAAAUAAGGAGAAAAUACAUGUAAAAAAAACUGCAGCGUAUAGCUAACAUUCUUAAAAAAGCAAGGGAAGGCAGAGCACAACUAUCAUCAAAGUGUUUAUUUAUUAAGCCAGGAACUGUGGAGAAAAGACCAUGUAGCACACCCUGGGUAACCCGACUAGUUACCUCUGCUAAUUCUCCUCUCAGCCAGACUGAAACCAUGUGUAAUUAUAACUCUCUUCCCCCCAGCAACCAGAUGAGACAUAGUUCUGGGAGUAAUCUGAGUUCAUUGCUCUGAAUGCAGCUUUUUAUGCUCAGACCCCAAGCAUUGGGUCUCCAUACAAAGUAAUACAAAGCCCUCGCACGUGUCCCUGUGUCUGGGAGGUAAUUCAGUAAAAUACCAGGAAUUCCAGGCUCUCGAUGACCAGGUACCGCUGCCUGCGUUCAGGAGACAAAACAGCCGCCAUUCACUAGAGAACGUGGAUUCGGUUUUACGAUUGGCGGCCACCCAGGGAAAGCACUUAAAUGAAUGAGUUCCUUUGAAGUUAACGAGCCAUGGGGUGGUUGGUGUUCGGUGCAUAUAAAAGGGUGGAACGUGUCUAUGUUCGGGAGCCGAACAAGUGUGGUACGGGCAAGAUAACUCUCGAACAGUGUAAAGUCCAUCCUUUGCAUUGAAACAUACUAGUCUAUAACAAACAGACUCUUUGCCCCACGGGUAUAAUGACACAGUGCCCCACAGACCAGUCAAUUGAAAAAUACAGGUCAAAAUAUUUUAUACUCUUCUAUUUUUAUAGAAGAGUAUAAAAUACACAAUACUACAAAUUAAAAGAAAAUCAACUUGCAAGCAUCUCAGUUUUAUGUGAUUUUUGUGCAAGAUAUUCAGUGAUCAUGUUAAUUUUCUCUACAGUGCUCCAACAGUGGUACGACUUGCGUCUACCGGAAUUACACCAGCACAAUCCAAGCCUUAAGUGAAUGGUACAUGUUGCAAUUUUCGAAUAUCUUUUCCAAAGUGUCACUUGCAGAGAAAAAACAAAUGGGUUUCCAAGGAGAAGACAUGAUUCUGACGUGUUUAUUUGGCGGACAGGCCUGCAGUUACAGGUAGAAAUAAAUAUCAUAUAUCACCGACACUUUUCUCUUUGCUGAAUGCUGGGUUCAAAGGGCAGAGCUUAUAACAGUGAUUGACAGAGCUAAAUUGAGGCGUUCAUUUGCAGGAUAAAAAGGGUUGGUUUUCUACAUUUCAUUUUAUUUUUCACACCUCUUAAAUACAUAUUAGUUAACUGUAGGGCUAAGUAAACAUAAUAUUAAAAAUCAUGUGUAGGUACAGUUGCUCUUUAAAUACAAAAGACUCUUAAAUUAUUUUUUUUUUAAAUAAAUAUCCUGCCUGUGAAAAUCAGACUACCUGAAAGGGACAUUAUAGUCACCAAAACAACUUUAGCUGAAUAAAGCAGUUUUGGUGCAUAGAUCAUACCUCUGAAGUCUCACAACUCAAUUCUCUGCCAUUUAGGAGUUAAAUCACUUUUGUUUCUGUCCAUGCAGCCCUAGUCACACCUCCCUCUGGCUGUGACUGACACAGAUGGAGUGAAAAAAUGGUUUCAUUUUGAUCAGAUAUAACUUACUUUAAAAAGGGUUAUCUCCUGCUCUAUAAAUUGAGCUUUAAUUACACAUGGGAGGCUCCUGCAUGGUCUAGCAAGCGAUCAGCAGAGCUGGAGGUAGCAAAUUCUAUAUUAAACAGAAUUGGCAAUAAAGGAAGCAUAAAUAUUAGAUGACUCAUUACAGGAAGUGUUUAUGAAGGCUGUGUAAGUCACAUGCAUGGAGGUGUGACUAGGGUUCAUAAACAAAGUGAUUUACUAUAGUGUCCUUUUAAGUACAGAAAUACAUUAGUAAAAAUAAAUGCAAAAAAAUAUUCACAAUAUUUACUUACAAAUUGUUAACUAAUUAAAACAAUUUAAAAUAGAGUAACAAACAAAUAAGGAUGUAGUGUAUUGAUAAACGGUUUUUGGGUUGUUGUUUUUUUUACACACAGAUGUUCCAGAAUUUAGGCAAAAAGUGCAGUUUUGAAAAAACUUAUCUGACUCUACUGUAGUCCCUAAUUGACUGUUUUAGAUUUUUUUUUUUUCAGUUCACAAUGCAUUUCAAUUUUUAUGUUUCAUGUAUAAGCACCAUUAUCUUACAUUCAGAUUUUCUCAGAAUCAUCAUCUGAUUCACAGAUUUAUUACCUUAUAACUAUUACCGUAUUUAAUCAUUCUGAUAUUGUCAGCUUUGGAAUAAUGCUGCCAGAAUUAUAGUCUGUGUCCUUGAGAUUUGAACAGACUUUGUAGUCAGUGCAUUAACUCACUGAGCCACCUUGUUAUUUCUCACCAGUAAAUAAGGUAAUUUGCUAGUAUUUCACAUAUGAAUUAUUCAGCCAUGCAAAUCUUAAUUCACGUGGACAGCGGACUCAGAGGCGGCUCUCUAAUUAGGCGAUUUAGGCGGCCACCUAAGGCCUCGUGCUGGCUGGGGCUUCGCAGCUGCCUAAGUCGCCUUAGGUUAGUGUGACAUCAGGAGGGGGCCAGGAGGCUUGCCCUGUUUGCCGCCGUGUGCGAGGCCCCUCCAGUCUGUCCUGAGAGCCAGCCUUUAGUCUGCAGCUCUGCUGGGUGUGAGCUGUAGACUGAAGUGUCUCGUGAUCCCCAUCCAAUCAGAGCGUGGGUUUCCACAGCAAUGCCCUGACUUCUGGAGAUCGCAAGACUCUUAUCACGUGGUCUGCAGCUCACACCCGGCGGAGCUGCAGACCGAAUAGGAAGGCCACCGGACCACCAGGGAGAAUGGCAGCCCACAGGACCACUAAGGAAUACCUCUCCUCUUUUCCCCCUGUUACCUCCUCAUUCAGCUACCUGUCACCCCCUCACUCAGUCCCCUGUUACCCUCUCUUUCCCUCACUCAGCACCUAUCACCCGUUCCCUCUCACACUCUGCCACCCUUCACACCCUGUCAGCCCAUUUCACACUCUAUUAUCCCCCUCUAUGCACAUACACUGUCACCCCCUCCACACAUCCUGCACUACUCCCCACACACACUGUCACCAAACUUCCACACACUGUCGCCCCUUUAACCCUGCCACACUCACUUUAACCCACCCUGAUACUGUUACACUCACCCCCUUCAACCAAAUUGCACUCAACUCCCCUCGUUCUACUACACUCACCUUAUCACAUUACCCCCUAAUCCUGUUACACUCACCUUUUCUCUCACUGGCACGCUCACCACUCCUUUUCCUGUCACACUCCCUCCUCCAACCGUGCUACACUCACUUCCAACCCUGCCACACUCACCCUGUCAAUUAAUUCACCUUAAUCAUGUCACAUUCACCUCCCCUUGCCCUUUUACCCUCACUCCUGCAACAAUGCCCCAUUCACCCCAACCCUGUGAUACACACCUCCCCUCACCAUGUAACACUCCAUCCUUCAACCCUGCCACACUCACCCUGUCAAUUAAUUCCCUUAAUCAUGUCACAUUCACCUCCCCUUGCCCUAUAACCCUCACUCCUGCAACAAUGCCCCAUUCACCCCAACCCUAUGAUACACACUUCCCCAUCCAUGCCACAUUCACCCUGUCACGCUAACCUCCCCUCACCCUGUAACACUCCAUCCUUCAACCAUGUCACACUUGCCCUCGUUCAUUCUGUCGCUCUUACCUCCUCACCCUGCCACAGUUACCCCUUAACGCACCCUGUCACAGUCACCCCCGAAGACAAUCAUCAUACACACAAAGUCAUAAAACAUAGCUUGGCGAUAAACAAAGUGCACAAAGGCACAGGCAGCCCCCCAUACACACAAAACAAAACUCUGCACAUAACACAAAACACUCAGUGUCAGACACUCUCAGGCACAUACACAGGUGGACAAUGCCAGACACACUCAAAUACACACAGCCAGAUAAAUACACACCGUGACUAUAUGUCUUUAUUAGUCAAUAUUUGUGUCUCUGUGCAUCAGUGUGUUUGUGUGUGUGUAUGCAUGUGCAUGUAUCAGUGUCUAUAUGUAUUUGUGUAUUAGUGUUUAUAUGUGUGCAUGUAUUAGUCUGUAUGUCUGUGUCUGUAAUGUGAAGGUAAAGUUGGAAACAGCAUAUAUAUUAUAUGCAUACAUAUGUGGGAAAAAUGUCUAUGACAUUGUUUUCUUAUCAGUAACUUUAUUAUUUGGUAAAUGAUUUUUUUUUAAAGCCCAACCAAAAUGUAAAUUUUUGUUUCCAAUAACCCUUUCACACUGGCACUUAUGUGUACACGACUGCCAGGCUGUAUAACCAUACCGAGCAAUCGUGUAUAAAUGAUUAGCAUAAUUGUAAAUUAAAUUUGUUUAUUGCAUAUUAUGCCAUAACUACAGUCAAAGAGCUCACAAUGCAGCGGCAUAGGGAGCCGCGACAAUGCAAGCCUCUGAAGAUGAAUACAGAGACUACCUCUCUGUAUCCAAAACUGCCAGCCUGCCAUUUAAUAUAUCUACAGGUUCUUAUCAACACGCUUAUGGGCCUCGUGAUUAGCUGCAAGCUGACAAGUGAUCAUGGGAUUGUUAAUUAGUAUUAUUAUUUAUAAUAAUAUUAUUCUCUGCUAAUAAGAGAUCUGCUUAUUGACAACUUCUGUUCUCAGGUGUACUUGCUCGCAGUAUUAAACAGCGUGUAUUAUUUUUCUUUUUUACAGAAAUUUUACUCAAAUUUAUGAUCCUGACUAUGGAAACUGUUAUGUCUUCAACUGGGGCCAGGAAGGACAAGAUCUCUUGAUGUCUGCCAAUCCAGGAGCUGAUUUCGGUAAGUGUGUAGAAUUCUGCAUGACUCUGUACGCACACCAGAAAGAUCAGUGGACGUGAUUGAAGUCAUUCUUUUUUUUGGAAUUGAUUGUUAUUUUUAUUUUGUUUGUAAGACCUAGUAAUAGACCAACAUAAUGGUUUUUUAAGAAUUUUUUUUUUGUGUGUGUGUGAUAUACAAGGUAAUUUGCUAAAGUAAAAACGCAAAGUGAAUUUCAAAAUGAGGUCAAAAUAGUCGUAAUGUAAAAAAUAUUAAUAUGAAGAACAAAAAAAUAAUACCAAAAUAUAACUACAAAGGAUAAAAUUCCUAGACAAUUGCGUACUCUGCUUAGUGGCAGAUAGGAAAAAAACAAGCUUUUUUCUGGACGAUCCCCUGUAAGUACAACAAACCUUCCCCAAUACACAUGCUGGUGGUUUUCUAACUUCUUGGCUCAGAAAAUGGUAUUCUGUUUAUUAUGUUCUUUCUCCAGACACACAGGGAUAAAAUAUCUGCUUGAAACGUAAUCCACAAGUAGUUGCCCAUGAUACAAGGACUUAUCUAUCCUUUGUACAUUUGCUCUGUGUGCCCGUGCCCAGAACAUCUCAAAGUCAUUAUUGUUUACUGCUCAAUAAACACAGUCUAGUAUGUUGUCAUAUUUUACAUGUCCUUUGUACAGUUUUAUUCUGUUUAGUUUUUUAGUCCUUAAGUAACAUUGUUGCAAAGUCGCGUGUUUUGCUCUUACAGCCAUGCUUCUAUUUUAUCCAACCAUACCUGGUAUUAGUUUCUGACUUUGGGAUCAGUAAUAUGACCGUCCAUGAAUGGGUUGAAGAAUAUGAAUCUGCCUUGUACCAACAAAGACCUCGAUGUAAUUGAUAAUCUCAACCAAUCACAAUGCUUUCCCACAGGAAAACAUUGGAUUGGCUCAGAUCGUCAAUUAUGAUGAUGCCACCCUAGCCAAUCAGCAUCUCCUUAUAGAGAUGCAUUGAAUCAAUACAUCUCUAUGCAGAGAGGUCAGUGUCGCCAUGCAGAGCGCAGUAGAACCUUUAAGAGAAUUAGAGGGUUAUUCACUAAAGCGAGACUUCAAAGUGAAUUUUACAUUUAAGGCCAGAGUAGCUGAACUAAAAGCAUAGCUGACUUAGAGAAUGUGUCCAGCUCAGCUAUUCUAACCUAGAAUUUAAAAUUCACUUUGAAAUAUCACUUUCGUAAAAAAUAACUUUGUUUGUAUCAUGUUACACCUCCCCUGCAUCAUUAAUCCAACUUUUUUCAGCAUGGCACCAUUUUGGAUGCUAGAUAUUGCUUCUCCAAAUCAUGAAAUGGUUCCUCUGAUACCACAUCUGACCAAGUCUUUCUUUUUAGUUCUGGUAAAAGCUCCUCAACGAAUAGUACCAUUCCCUGUCGUGUCCGAUAGCGCAUUCAUUGUCUCCAUGUGUUUUUUGCCAGGCUGGUGAAAAAGACUGGAAAGUGGACGAUGCAUGUAUCUUUUUAUAAAGACUGUAUUUUGUAUAAAAUGUGUGGUACAAAACCACUCCUUGUUUGAAAAAGAGAGAUAAUAUUCUGAGUCUGUCAUAUUAACAGUAACUUAAAGUGUGUAUAGGAUCUGAUAACUAGACAAUAUGGGGUAAAUAGUUUUAGUCUUAGACAUAUCUAUGAACCCUGAAUGAUUGAAUAGAGUCUGAUAGAAUGUACAGCCGGGUGAAAGGAUAAAUUAGUAUUUCAUACCAGAAUAUUAUACUUGGUAUCUUUACUUGAACUGGUGGCUCUGUAAGUACUGACAUUUAGACAUUUUAUAGGUACCAGUUAAUGUUUGGUCUUUGCCUACAUUUUCUUGGUGAUCUGUUUAAAGGUCCUCUCUUUGUCCACGUGUUGUUAUUUAACUAUUUUCUUUAGGGCUUCAUUAAAUAAAAAAAAAAAAAUAAACACUGCCAUUAAUUAUAAGUGCCCCCAAUUAAUGGAUAUAUUGGUUUGUAUGAAAUAUAAUUAUAGGGGGACUGACUGUUGCAAGGAUUUUUCAUAUCAUGUUUACGUAUCACAAUUUUUAACAAGUAUGUAUUUACGAGGUUUGAAAAAUAAAAUCAGAUGUAGAAAUCCACCCCUUUUUACCCUGCAACUGGGCGCCUCCAUCUUAGCUCCUUGUCAUUCAUUGUUAUAAGCUCUGUCCUUCACACCUGGCAGUCAGCUUUGAAAAAUUAUACAGAGAAAAGGAGAAAGGAGAAGAAUUAAAAUUUCUACUAAAACAGAGAAUCACAUGAAAAAAAGUUUAAAACAAGUUAUAGAUGAUUUUCAAUGUUUUGUCCCCUUUAAAAUGUUUUAGAAAAGCCAAAAAUCCACCAUCCUAAAUAUCUUUUAUCUUUAUUGCUCUUUAAUUUUAGCAGACAAACAAAUACAUUAACCGGUUGGAUAAAACUAAGCCUUGCUAUCUUUUUUAUUAACUGGCUGACGGGACUAUUUCUUACUUUGUUACUGAUGUAAUAUUACAUUGCCCAUCUAAGUUUUAUAAGAACACGUGUCUUAAACAUCAAAGGGACACGAAAACGAAAAAGAAAUAGACUCAGAGCUGUGCCAGAUCAGCAACAGCAUGUAUUGACCCUAGUGAUCCAUAGCUGGAAAGAUAAGAAUAAUAGUUUGUAUCAAACAAGUAUUGUAGCUCUAAUAGAGAAUACUUCCCAGGGGGCCGAGAGGUUGCUGUGUACUAUUUUCUAGUAUUGUAAUGUGUGAUAAUUGUGUUUAUUUACCGCUAUUGGUCUUUAAAGAGUAGCAGUUGCUAUUUAUUUUAGUUUUUAAUAUAUUGAAUAGAUCUUUAAAAUGAAUUUAUGUUUUAUCUUUUCUUUGUUUACUUGUUAUAACUUAUUAGCACCUUCCUUUUCAUGUUUUUGGUUUUCAUACAUAUUGACUCAUUUAAUAGCAGUGUCUGCUUAGCUGAUAUACCCCCUUUUUAUAUUGGCAGAACAUACCCUCUAGUAUCAUCACUGAUUUCAAGGCUUUAAGGAGUCACUGCAAGUAAUACUUAGCAGGAUGACAAGUAGGCCAAGAGAUGUACUUCUACCAGCCCAGAUCUCACAGCUCUCCAUUGAGGUCUGGCUGUGUAGAUUGCGAUAAUCCAGGUAUAACAUGCCUGUGAGCAAUCCGCACAAGUCUAAGCUCAGAUCUCGGCUCCCUCUGCUCUAAAUGACUAGCAGAAAGGCCACCACCUACAAAAAUCAUAUGUAUAAAGGAGGGAACAUUAUAAUCGUGUUGUAGUGUUUGCUGUCCCAUUAAUGUUUUCAAAACGGAUCGUCCCUUGUUCUCCAUGAACGUGUCUCUCAGAGCAGUUGGAUAUAUUGUUUUGGCUGCCCCCCCAAUAACUAAACUCAUGUUCCUUCCACAGGAUUGAAGUUGGUCCUAGACAUUAAUCAAGAUGAAUACAUCCCAUUUCUCCAGACAACAGCCGCGGCCAGGUUAAUCCUUCACCAACAGAGAAGUUUCCCGUUUCUCAAAGACUUGGGCAUUUAUGCCAUGCCGGGCACGGAGACUUCCAUCGCUGUACUUGUGGUAUGUCCCUGAGAAAACAAACUGAGAACAAAACUAUCUGAUGGGACCUGAGCCAGAUGGUUUGGUUUUAACUGGCUUUUUAUGUAUGUUUAUUGUUGUUGUUUUAGCAGUAUUCGUUUGUUUUAAUUGGAUUUUUUUUUCUGCUUUAACUUGUAGCAAGCUCUGCUUUAGACAGAGUUAGUCAUUCUUUUUAAUCACUUUUACGCAUAUACCUCACAUUUCCAAUAACCCUCUAGGUCAGGCAAGUGAUCUAAUAUUAAAUGGAAGCUGAAAGCAAAAUCAAAUCUUCUCCAGUGUUAUCACACAUAAAAAGUGUCCGUAGUCGUUUAAUACAAAGAUAGCUGUCUUUGUCGUAAGGUUGCAAUCCUGGCAUUUCUUAAAGGGCCCACUGGGAGUGUGAUGGUAUUAUACAAAAUCUGUUACAAGAAUGGCAUGUUGGUCAGAACUAGACCCAAGAGAUAGUGUGUCAGAAGGGACACAUCAGGAUAGAUUUAAUGCCAUUUACAUUGGGAAUUAUAGAGUUAAUGAAUUAUGGGGAAAAAAAAACCUUAUAAUUUAAAAUAGAAAUUAAAGAAGGGAUUCAUUCUCUUCAAUGUUUCUUGCUUGAUGGCAAUCUCCAAUCUGCUGGGUCUGCUUCUUCGAUAUUGAAGCCUGCUAAUAUCUAUCUAUCUAUCUAUCUGUAUCUAUUUAUCUGUCUAUCUAUCUGUCUCUAUUUAUCUGUCUAUCUAUCUGUAUCUAUUUAUCUAUCAAUCUAUCUGUAUCUAUCUAUCUAUCUAUCUGUAUCUAUCUAUCUAUCUAUCUAUCUACCUAUGUAUCUAUCUAUCUAUCUAUCUAUCUAUCUAUCUAUCUGUCUGUCUGUCUAUCUAUCUAUCUGUAUCUAUCUAUCUAUCUCUCUGUCUAUCUACUGUCUAUCUAUCUAUCUGUCUAUCUAUCUAUCUAUCUAUCUAUCUAUCUCUCUGUCUAUCUACUGUCUAUCUAUCUAUCUGUAUCUAUCUAUCUAUCUAUCUAUCUAUCUAUCUAUCCAUCUGUAUCUAUUUAUCUGUCUAUCUGUCUAUCUAUGUGUGAUGUAGAUGUAUACUUGAGUACUUGUAGGCCACUUUUAUUUAUAAAUUGGACCAUUCUCUAUCUUGUUCCUGUUCUCUCUCUGUAGGAUGGAGUCCAGCAUCUCGAAGCCCCGUAUACUACUUGCACUGUCAAUGGAUCUGAUAUUCCAGUUUCUAAUUUGUAUGCUGAAUACAACAGCUCCUAUUCUAUCCAGGUACUUAUUUUUAUACUGAUCUAUCCAGGUACUCUGUGUAAUGUUAAAGAUAGACCCUUCUCUGGGACAUCUUGAGACUUCAGUCUGAAGAUGCAAAAAAGUGCACACGAUCAUUGCAUCAAUUACUAUGUUGCAAAGAGUUUGUGAAUGUGCCGUAGUGAUAAAACUGGCCGAUAAGCACUCUGCAUUCUUUUUUUUUUGACAUUCUUUAUUUAAGUUUUUCAAUAUUCAAUCACAGCAUGUAUAUCCAAUAUAAAUUAACAUGUGGUAACAUAUAAACUGGUCAGUUAUGUGUAUUACAGCAUCAAGAUAGUUUCAUCUACUGGAUAAUAAAUUGUAUUUGAGUAUUUGGCUUCAUUAUAACAGUGAGCGUUCUUUUGUGUUGUGUUCUGUCGUUAGCCCUGUAUGGGGUUAAUCCCCUCUGUGGUCGGGUGCGAAUGGAGUUUGUGGUUGCUCCUCAAGAUUCGUGUGAGUUUUCGGGUGGGUUGUUUCAACCGCUCUGUGUUGUGCUCGUGGGUCAGAGGGGGAGUUGUACAACCCUGCAUUGGUAUCUGAGCUUCCUCAUUUGUAGGUAGGACCCUAAUAGAGAGGUUGGCUCAGUGCAAGGUUUCCCCUCACUUACUUAUUGGGUCUAGUGUGACCUAUGGUACUUAAGAGGUGUGGUAGUCUCCGUCUAUGUGUGGUGCAGUUCAUCUUUGUCCCCAGCCUCGUACAUGGUGCUUUGUUCGUGUUUCUAGUGCCAGGUUGAUGGAUAUAGAGCUUUGUCCCAAUCCGUGUUAUGUCUGUCUACGUGUGUCCUUCUUUGGGGGGGUACCGUCUGGGGCUUUGUAUGGGGGUCCAGUCUGGUUCGUGUUUGAUUUGUGUGUUGGUUUAGGUCGUAAUGAGCCUGGUGUGGAUGGGCUCAGCCUUAAAUCAUGAGGGGGCCAAUUAUUUUGCCCCUGUGACCGUGUAGUUACCCCCUAGUUUCCCUGAGUCGAUCUGUUUUAGGUUUUCCCUGGGGGUAGUUGACCUGGGUUGUCCGUAGGCGCAGCUAGUAUAUGUAGGGUUAUCCUGUGAUGUCUUGUUCUGUCGUUGUGCGGUGUGUGGGGUCUGUGUCAGAUGCCGUGUCGUCACCUCAGGCCCCUGGUUUGAGUCGCUCGUGUGGUGGGUGUGAUCAUAUCAUCCCUGGGGCAUGUAGCACGGUCCCCGUGACUCUUCUGGAUACCUAAUUCUAGGUUGUUAUCUCUUAUCUUGGGUCUCGCUGGGUUCGGUGUGUGUGUGGGGUUAUGUAUGCCACCUGCGGCAGCCCCAGUUGUUAGUUGGCGUGGUCAGGGCCGGGUGCUACUGGCUCCGGUCGUGGCUUCUUGUGUCUGGGGUGGGGGUGAGUCCAUGUUCCUUGCGUCCCGGUCUCUCUCUUCCCUCCGUCCCCUAGUGUAUUGGUCCAUAUGUCGCUCUAGCGGGUCACUCCUCCCCUCCCGUGACCCAUGGUCCUUCGUCUCUGUCUCUGCUUACUCAUAGAUUCCGCUUUGUGCGGAGCCUUAAGUCGGUCUGCGUGCCCCCGGGGGUUGUGUCCCUCCGGGUCUUUUGUGUGUCUAUGUGUCAUGUGGUUGGAGGGGUGGGGGGUCGCGUAGGAAGUGUGUCUCCGUCGUGCUGAGGGUGCAAUCUACUCGUCUGGCACUGCCUGUGUCUGUGCAGAGCUCUGUUGGGUGGGUUGUGUUGGUGCGGGGGCGCCGUCCCUCUCCACCGGGUCUCAUCCUCCCGUCCGUUUUGAUGUGUAGUCCAUCCAUGGGUACCACGCCAAAGCGCAUUUUUCCUGGCGUCCCUGCAGGGAGGCUGUCAUCAUCUCCAUGUUAUAUAUCAUCUCCACCCUAUCUACCCAUUGUUGCAGGGUUGGAAUUGUCGAGCUUUUCCAAUGGAGUGGGAUGAGCGACUUCGCUGCCGUGAGUAGGUGUAUGAGGAUUCCUUUCUUGUAGAUCUUCACCGGCGUACGCGUGUGGUUGAGAAGCAGUGGCAUGGGUUGGAAUGGGACGUCUGAGCCCGUGAUGUCUUUGGUCGUCUGAUGUAUCAUCCUCCAGAACGGUUCGAUACGUGGGCAUGUCCACCAGAUGUGAAUGCUGGUUCCUAUUCCUGUGCCGCAUCUCCAACAUUCGUUUGAAAUUGACUCAUGCACGUGCUGCAGGAUAUCUGGAGCACUCUGCAUUCUGUAGCCUGGCCAGCCCGAGUUGUUAAUUUUCAGUUUGGCAAAGUGUGUAAAAUUUGAUCUAUAAGAGAUCUCUUUAAUGAAGGUGGAUUUAAAAGAGCAGAUGAGAAUAUAUUCAGUUACCAUUCUCUCAGUUUCUUCUGUGCCCUAAAUGUACCCAUGGCUUCUCUCCAAAAUGUAUUGCUCGUCCAGAUGUUCUGUGCUAGCCUGGGUCUGCCAUCAGUACAUCAUGACUCCCAUCCAACAAAUAAGAACAUUGAUUUAAAAGCCAAGCUUACUUAAUAGCAUUUUUUUUUAAAGGUAAAGAACAUGUGGACAAUGGACAGUGCUAGCAAUAAAUAUGGCUGCUUGCAGCACCCUGCACAUCUUUAUUAAAAAAACAAAAAACAAAAUAAGGGGCAGUCGACAUAUGAGCAAAAAAAAUGUUUUAUUAAAAUAAAAACACACCCACAAUUAUUAUAUAUAUAUAUAUUUUUUUAGGAAGACUUUGCCGCUUUUAAAACUGUUCUCAGUCUACUAGUCUAUGUUUUAGAUUUUUAUAUUGUUUUUUAUUUAUUUGGCUUCCUCUUUUUUUAUUUUAAUUAUCUAUUUUAUAAUGAUACAUUAUGUUCUGUUUUAAGCAAAAGAACAUCUUAUCAUGUUAUGUAAUCAGGUCUCAGUUGAAUCAGAAGUGUAAUACUAUACGGGGACUAAGCAAAUUGUUCCAAAAUCCUGGCAUUUGGCAUUCACGGCUGACCGGCGGAAGCCAUGACCAUGAAAUAUUACAAAGCAGGUUUGAUCGAGAAAAUUUUGAACAGCUCAAUAAUCUCAGGCUUUUGCCAGUAGCAGUUGAAAGUCCUUUUUGUUUUGCAUUAACCCCUUAAGGACACAACUUCUGGAAUAAAAGGGAACCACGACGGAAUAUUUCCGUCAUGUGUCCUUAAGAGGUUAAACAGUACAUGUUACUGUUGCAUUAAGCAGUACAUCUUAUUUUAACUUAGUGUAUUUUACUUGUUCCCAUUUCACAAAUCUCAUUGAAUCACAUAGAUUACGUUAGAAUUUGUGCUCAUUUUACACAAUAUUCAUUCCAAUUAUGCAGUGUUAUAAAAACUCCUUUAAAAAAGUCAGGGGAGAUUUAUCAAAGUUUUGCGUCUUGGACAGAGGUUCAACGAUAUGAAUGGGGAAGAGUCAUCAAUGCUCUGUUCCUUUGUUACCUUGCACCAUUUUUCAGAUGACACUAAUCUGAUCAAUUUUGACUGACGUCCUCAUUUCUUAGGUCUACCUCAAAUUAAAUCGUUUAUGAUGUGGACCCAAGUUAUAAACAUGGUAUUAAUUCAAUCACCCAUUCUUCAAUGAUAACAUUAUCUCAGUGACUUAUUCUACAAUCGUAAUAGAAUAUCAGUACUAAUUAUGUUAAUUAAGGUUAGUUAUGUAAAAUACCUUUAUUAGACUCUUCUAAGUCUGAAAAGAGGUCUCCGUUGCACUAGAAAAUGUAGAUCCUCUACCAGUCCUAGAGCAAUCAGGUUUUCUUUAAUAAUAUAUUUCAUUUCCAGCAAGUGGGAAUGUGAAACAUUUUCAUGGGACCUAAUUCUGGGUCCGGAUUCAAGAGUUUAAAACCAUUGUAUUAAACACUGUUUCUCCCAACAUCAUUACGUUAAUGAAACAAUACACUUUAAAAUAAGUGGUUUUAUUUAAUAAUAUUAGUAUUUAAAAACAGUGCUGUAUUUUGUUUUUCCAUUUUGUUUUCAGAUUGUUCAAUAUGACAUUCAAAAUAUAUUCUUGUGUGGGUUAAAGAGAAAAUAAUUAGACAAACACUCCAAGCACAAAAAACAACUUUAGCUUAAUGAAGUGGUGUUGGUGCAUUGACCAUGCCCUGCAGUCUCACUGCUCAAUUCUCUUCCACUUAGGAGAUAAAUUACCUUUGUUUCUAUUUAUGCAGCCCUAGCCACACCCUCCCCGGCUGUGACUCACAGUUGUUUUAUUUUCAAUCAGAUCUUACAGCACAGUGUGUUUACUUGAUGAGUACUUAUCUCCUGCUCUGUUAGUUUAUCUUUAAUCACACAAGGCUGUAGGCUCUGGCAGGCAAUUAACAGGACAGGAGUUGAGAAAUCCUAACUGAGCAGUAGCGACAUUCGGCAGGUAAGAAAUCAAACCAUUCUAAAAUGGUUUGAGUCUUUACAAUGGUGGGCGCCAGAGCACUCCUGACACUAUAACUACUACAUAACCUAUGAUGAUGGUGCUUGGAGCCUUCCUUUAAAACUCCACUUUUGACCCUUCCACUCAAAUGUUCAUUUUGGCCUGUCAGCUACAUGUAAGUUACGAAUAUUUGACUUUUUUUCCCCCAGCAUAAUAUGUUUGGCAUUUGUUUCAGUGUUAUGUCUUCUCUAAGAACCUAAUAUAAAAGUUUUCGCAACACACUAAACAGCUAUUAUGAGGUUGUCAAUGAAUUGUCAUUGAGAAUCUCGUAAUAGCUCUUUGGUGUGUUGCAAAAACUUAAUUAAAAAAAAAGACACAAUAGAAGACUUCUGUAAGGCCACAGGGGAGCUGGUUAAGAACAAAAUGUACAUAAAUCCUGAAGCAGAACCACACGGCAUCUGUGGCCAAAAAAUGUAAAUUAAGUGUUUAAACUUGGCAAGUAUCCUUGUGUUUGCCUGGGUAAUGAUUCUGUUUCAGCAAACUUACUAUGCUACAAUAGCAUUGAUAUCGAUACUGGUGACUGGAUUAUAUCUAGGUAAAUAUUGAAAAAAGUUAAAGAAACCAAGUCCAAAGACUUUUCGAUAAAUGCUUACAUUCCAAGGGUGCAUCUCUGUUUUUGAAAGGAUUUAAAGGGGAACUGUCACAUACUGGGAUUUUUAAUAUUACAUUUACUAUCAAUAAAACAGAUUUAUGAUUAUGAGGCGUGGAAAAUAAAAUGAAAUGAAGAGAUCCACACUCUUGUAUUGACCCAAAUCCUGGCACUGUGUGCCUCCAUCUUGACUCCCUGUGACUAAUUGUUAUAAAAAUUGUUAUAAACUUUUCUAUUACUGUAACCAUAAAGAAUGGCACAUCUGAAGUUAAAAUGGUGCUUUUAAACACUAUCAUUUUUGUUUUAAAUACUACCUAAAAGGCUAAAAUACAACCUAAAAACACACAUACAUACAUAAAUGUUCAAAACAUCUACACAUUUAAGAGUAACACAUAAAAAAAAUCACAGAUUAUGAUGAAAAGAAGGAAAGGGAAAACUAACCUUUAAUUGUUUAACCCCUUAAGGACCAAACGUCUGGAAUAAAAGGGAAUCAUGACAUGUCACACAUGUCGUGUCUUUAAGGGGUUAAAGGAACACUAUAGUCACCUAAAUUACUUUAGCUAAAUAAAGCAGUUUUGGUGUAUAGAUCAUUCCCCUGCAAUUUCACUGCUCAAUUCACUGUCAUUUAGGAGUGAAAUCACUUUGUUUCUGUUUAUGCAGCCCUAGCCACACCUCCCCUGGCUAUGAUUGACAGAGCCUGCAUGAAAAAAAAAACUGGUUUCACUUUCAAACAGAUGUAAUUUACCUUAAAUAAUUGUAUCUCAAUCUCUAAAUUGAACUUUAAUCACAUACAGGAGCCUCUUGCAGGGUCUAGCAAGCUAUUAACAUAGCAGGGGAUAAGAAAAUCUUAAUUAAACAAAACUUGCAAUAAAGAAAGCCUAAAUAGGGCUCUCUUUACAGGAAGUGUUUAUGGAAGGCUGUGCAAGUCACAUGCAGGGAGGUGUGACUAGGGUUCAUAAACAAAGGGAUUUAACUCCUAAAUGGCAGAGGAUUGAGCAGUGAGGCUGCAGGGGCAUGUUAUAUACACCAAAACUGCUUCAUUAAGCUAAAGUUGUUCAGGUGACUAUAGUGUCCCUUUAAACAUGCAUCAGUUUCCAUCUUAAUGCAACUUGGUUUUUUUUUUAGCUGUAAUUAAUAGAUAGAUAAUUCAAACUUUAUCUUAUCCUCCAAGAGAGAGGUCAUGAACAAAACUAAAAGUGGCAUAUCAACAUCAUAAAUAAUCUAGAUAUAAAUUCUAAUUUGACACCAAUAAGAUAUUAGGAGGGGGCAUGAGCUCUAUAUAUACAUAUACAGUAUAAGGUGGGUUUACAGAUACAACAUCAUCACAGCAACUUUCCCCAGUUUCACAAGGAUCACAUGGCCCCUAUAUAUUAACUUUCUGAGAUUCUAUAUAUGGUCAUUACAGAUAGUAACAUUCUUCUUGUCAGUCUAUUAUCAGAGCCGUAUUUAUAUUGCCCAGGAUGUUAUACUGGGGCUCCAUCAUAGAGCCCUGAGUUCUGUUUCUGUAUGCGAUGGCUUAUUGUAUGUGUGUGUGGGAGUGUAUGUAGUAGCAGGCUGUAGUCACUAUGAUGGUUGGAGUAACCAUUUAAAGCCCAAUGAUAUCUCAUGCUCUCAUCACAUUUCAGCUCCUGAAGACCCAAUGCCAGUAUGGAGAUUCCUGCUUAUUUGCCAUUUGCAGUCUUGCAACUGUUCAGUGAGUGGGACAAUCCGUUUUCUGAAAUAUCAUUUUUAGCUGCUGGAUUGUUGUGGCAGAUCUAUGCUUUCAUUGGUCCUUAAAGGGACACCCCAAGCAAAAUAAUCACCAUAGCACACAGUUUGACUUCUUACCUGGGUUACACAGGGUGUCCUUCCAUACCUCCAUUACCAUCUCCUGAGAGUCGAACGUUCCUUAGCCGGAACUUCUGUUAGCUCUCCUUAGCUAAGUCCUGCAAUGCUCAGGAGAGGUAACAUAAGUUCCUACUGAGGAACAUCUGGCUCCUGGGAGAUAGUAGUGGAAGUAUGGAGCGGAACCGGCCCAGGAAAGGAGUUUAGAAAAUUGAAGAGGGCAGGGUGCUUGGACAGUCCUAUUAAAGGAAUAUGUAGGUUUCGAAUUAAUGAUUGGGUGACUGUAUAGACAUUAGCUGGUUAUGAGAAUGUUUUAUUUUAGAGGAGAUCCCACUGGUGUUACACGCCUUUUACCAUCUUCCAUAGAGCGUGGCUGCCAGGAAUUGCUUUAGUUUUGCAGAAAUAUUUCCCCCCCAAAGUUUUAAUUAUUCAAUAAGAAAGAAUAAAAGUAUUGAAUUGCCUAUAAUAUACUGACCGUCCAUUUGUGAAGGACUGCCAAUAAAUAAGACAUUUUCUAUUAUAUGCAGUCAUGUCUCCGAUCCUGUUUUCAAGAACAAAUGGUGAAAAAAUGCCAAUGUGCCUAUUACUUGUACCCACUACCGUCAGGAUAUAAAUACUGCAACAACGAGGAGUAUAUUGACUGGGGUAGGUAUCCACGGCUAAAUUCAAUGAUAGAGUAUUUGUUCCACUUAUGCAGUAAAUGCUUUUGUCAAACAGAGUGUAUGUAUAUUCAAUAAACUUCAUCAGCCUUCAAGGAAGGCUAUUUUUUGUUUUUGCCACUCAUAUAGAGUCUACCUAAGAUGCCCAUGCACUAGGACCUUUUGCCAAGUCAACAUUUCAGCCUGUCUUUCAGAAGGUUCCUUAGCCCAAUUUUCAUUUUGACAUGGUUUCUUUUUUUCUUAGUGCCUUGUUAUUACGAAUUGAGGGAUUCCGUGGCUGACAGAGAGAUUUGUAUUAGUUAUUGCCAGCAGCCAUGCAAGUAAGUAGACAAAACAGGCCCCAUAGUGGGUUUCCAGUUAAAUAAUCAAUAAAGUAUGCAAGUGUUACUAUUGUCAAGGAUCACAGAAUUUUUUAUACUGAGACCUUUUUAAUUAAUCUUUUUAAUUAAAUGUUUCCUAUUAUUACACGCCUGUUUGGGUUUCCGAGACAUUCAUUUUCUCUCUCACCUAGCAUGCUAUCCAAUUUCCUUUUCUGCAUAUAUAAAUGUAUGUUUCUAUGAGUUGCCUUAGGUUUUCAAUUGUGUGCUAUCCUGAUCUUGGCUUGUUUGUCACUUGGUAAUAUGUGCUGACCCAUUCUGACCUUUACUUUUUCAACAUUUGCUCCUCCUGAUCUUGGCAUCUUUACAAUUAGAUAGCAUUUGCCUCCUCUCCUGAUCUGGGCUUGUUCCUUAUUUGAGAACCUUUGCUUUCAAUCAUGAUCGCUAGAUCACCAUCUCAGAACCUAUGUUGGAUAUCUGCAAUCUCCACACUGACCUUGGCUUGUUUAUCAUUUCAAAUUGUCCAGUGUGAUGUGGACUUGUUAGCCACAUGAGAAACUGUGGCUCCUCUCCUGAUCUAUGCUUGUUUACCAUAUUAAGAACCUCUGGUUCCCCUCCUGACCUUGCAUCGUUUAUCAUAUGAGAACUUGUUCUGCCCAUCCUGACCUUGACUUGCUGAACAAUGUGUUCUCUAUUUCUCCUUCUAGGCUUGUUUAUUACCAAAAUUAUCCUUGCAAAUAUAUUUGAUAAUUCCUUGGAAUAAUACACAUUAUCUUCUUUUGUUUGUCUUAGUGAUACUCAGUAUAAAAUGACCAUAUCCAUGGCUGACUGGCCAUCUACAGCAGCAAUGGUAAGUGCACAGUCCACAUGGGUACAAGGGUCAUAAAAGGAGUUCAGUAUUUAAGGAGUUUAGUAUAUUGUAUCAGUAGAAUUAUUUAGUAAAUGAGGGCUGCCUCUCACUGCUGUGAAAAAUCCCAGCCUUAGAUUAUCUCUUUCAAUAGACAGAAAGAUACUUAUCUAAUUAAUUUAGCCUUCCAUGCUCAGUAUUUGUUGGUGGUACUUCUACCUGAUGGUGGUGUUACCUAUAAAGAAAUAUUGAGCUCCAAAACCCCUGAAAACAAUCAUGAAUUUAAAGACACAAAAUCAAGUCCUGCACUCAAAUUCCCAUUACUCUUAGGGCGGCAGCAACGCCCAUAGUGCACAUUAGCCGCAAUACAUACAGUAAAAACCAAAGGAAAAAAAAAGUGUUCCCUAUUAAGGGUUAAUACGCAUGUGGGGUUUAGAAAAUACCCCUCUCUGUCUCAUUAGAGAUCUCUUUGCCAGAAGUUCAAGGAAGCAAGGUGAAAGGUUCGUGUAAGACCCACCUAAGUGGUUUGCUUUGACGUGACAGGUGGGCUAAACUCUCUCAUGGCCAUUGGAGAAACUAAAUAACCUCCAUUUGAUUAAAUAUGCAUAGGGAGUUGGGAAGAGCGCAGGUAACUUUUUAAUUUGGCUUUUACUGUACAAAUUUAAGGACGUCUGACAACAAUUAUAUUCCUAAUUUCUUUCCUUCAGGAUUGGAUUUAUCAUGUCCUGUCUUUUGAAAAAGAUUCCAGCACUGUCAUCACUGUUAAUCGGUAAGGUCUUAACGGAUAUAUUUUCAUGUGACAUUGAUUUUAUCGAAGGAGCCUGUCAUCUGUAAUGGCUGGUUUUAAGCUGAAGGGUCUCUCCUCCUAGUGAUUCUGCCGACAUUAGGAGAGACAACAAAGUGUGGCAACAUUCUAGACGUGAAACAGUCAUCAUGGAAACCAGUGGAUGAUUUACCUGGUUUUGAUGAUGAAUACGGGCUAUCUUACCCCAUUUUCUAUUUCCUAAAUCUCCCCCAUGAUAUUAUGAUUGCUGAAAUAAGAUUUGUACCAACAAAUAUCUUACUGUACAUUUUGUAUGUAAUCUCGUUAAACCUUUUCGCUUUAGUGUGGGUGGAUGUGACUGUCUGUAGAGAGUGGAGAAAUCGAUUUGAGACAGAGCUGUUAAUACUAGGUCAAAACAAUCACAAAUAGAUUACUACUUCAGUUGAAUAGAAAUUCUCAGAAAUCUACUCAACGACUUAAAAAACCUGCUAGGAUUAGAGAUGUCGCGGACCGUCCGCGAACAUCUCGCGAACGGUUCGCCACGAGCUGUUCGUGGCGAACUCCGGUCAGCUGACACGUCCCGGCCAAUCUCCAGCAGACCAUCCUACUUCAGCUGACCGGAGUUCGCCGCGAACAGCUCGUGGCGAACCGUUCGCGAGAUGUUCGCGGACGGUUCGCGACAUAUCUAGCUAGGAUAUAUUAUAAUAAUAAAUAAAUAAAGUCUGUUAUUUAUAGAAGCCCGCAGAUUUUAACAGUCCUAAUCAUCAUCUCUUUUUUUUUUUUAUCCCAUAUGUUUCAGAAACGGCAUCAUGAGAUUGAACAUUUACUUUCAGGAGUUUAACUAUCGGAGCAUUGCAGAGUCUGCUAGCACCAAUGUGAGUUCCUCGUGGGCGGAGUCUUGGAUUACAAUUACAGUAAAAAUGCUUUGGUAUAAAAGUGAGAAGAACAAUGAAAACCCACAAUAAAUUGGAUAUGUUAAAGAAAGAAUUGUGCUAAAAUGACUACAAAAGUGAAAAAUGGAAAGGGUGUAGAUUUUUCUCCCUUUUUACUGCUAAGCAAGAAUUCUGCAAUUUAGUUUUCAGUUUAUCACAAUUCAUUACAUAGCAAAUCAAUCACUCAAUCAACCAACCUUUUCAUUACAUAAGCUUGUACAUUGUUUUUGAUGCUAACAUUCCCUUCACAUUGUAUCCUCUAUGAAAGAUGACAUAGUUGCACUUUAAAGUGUUUUUUGUUUGUUUUGUUAAUGACCUGUACAGAAUACUGGUACUUUUUAUUUAUUUUUUAAUCAGACACAUUUAUUAGCUAACCCCAGGACUGUAGUGAACUGAGAACCUAAAUUGUCAAAUUUAAAAGGACACUGUAGGCACCCACACCACUUCAGCAUAUUAAAGUGGUCUGGGUGCAAACUCCCAUCACCCUUUACCCUAGAGUGGUAAUUAAUUAUUGCACUUUUUAUAAACUGUAAUAAUUAUCUGCUAGGGUUAACUCCUCCUCUAGUGGCUGUCUACAAGAUAGCAACUAGAGGGACUCCCUGGCUUGAAGGCGACUUUUAAUCACCUAAACGACGCUGGAUGUCCUCACGCUAUGCAUGAGAACUUUCAGCGUCUCCGGAAUAACCAUAGGACAGCAUUGAAUAAUGCUUUCCUAUGGGGAAAUCGUAAUGCGAGCGUGGUCAUUGCUGUGCAUGUAGCUGUAGGCAUUCUAAAUGCCCCACUUUUGGAAGGGCUUCCGCAGUGCUCUCUGCAUGGUCCUGUAAAUUGGGUGCUGGCCAGACAGGCUGUCUGAUGUCAGGCUGGCACACGUUCACUUUCCAGGCAGGCUUGACAAUUGUGAGUUGAGCCAGUGGCACAAGUUGACUCAUUGGCAAUGCCUCCCCAGACAACAUCCACCUGUCCCUAUUCCAUACCUCCCAAUAUUGGGUGGCAUGCAGUUUCCAGGGGCUUGGUGAAUUUUAAAUGCUGUUCCUACCAAUGAGGAUAUGCUAAAAUAGCAGAGGGAUCCAAUUUUGGGUCCUGACAUAGGGAUUAAGAACCACUUAUAGUGUAAAGGUAGCUUUAUUAAGAGUUGCAAUGGGUGAGUAGCACUUGACCGUGUUUGGACUCCAAUCAUCCAAUAUCUUCUUUUUUUCUGAAGGUGGUUUGGCUACUAUCAAAUCUGGGAGGACAAUUUGGUUUCUGGAUGGGUGGUUCCGUCUUGUGCAUCAUCGAGUUUGGAGAGAUUAUUAUUGAUUGCAUCUGGAUCACUAUACUCAAACUCCUGGCAUGGCAGAAAGACAGGAAACAAAGGAGAAGACGACCUGAUUAUUCUGAUCCUCCUCCAACUAUAUCUGAGCUGGUGGAAAGUUACACAAAUCCCGCAUUCGUAAGUGAGGACAAUGGCGAAAUACACAUGGACAUGCCAGGCACUCCAGGAAUACCUGGAACUCCUCCUCCACACUAUGACUCUCUACGAGUGCAAUCAUUCGAUGUUAUUGAACCUCUAUCCAGUGACGAAGAGAUGGACAAUUAA